AUGAGGAUAUUCCAAGGAGGAUCUAAGACUCGGAAGCUUAAGAAGCUUAAACCGAGAUAUAUGGGACCAUACCCUAUUGUGGAGCGGAUUGGAGAAGUGGCUUACAGAUUGCGGUUAUCAGCAGAGUUGUCAGAUUUUCACGAUUUGUUCCAUGUGUCAGUCUUGAGGAAAGUUGUGAGAGAGCCAGAGCUCAUUUUGCAGCAGCCACCCAAUGAUCUUGAGAAAAAUUUGUAUGCACCUUGUCAGCCAGUUGAUAUUUUAGAUCGGCAAGUGAAAGCCGUUCAGGGGAUGAUGACCAGUUUAGUUAAAGUUCGUUGGGAGAGAGACGGGAUCCAGGAAGAAACCUGGGAGGCCGAGACUCCGAUGAGGAUUGAUUAUCCAGAGUUUUUCCAGAACAGUAUUGGACAGUCGGUUCAGGAGCCGAAUUUGGAGACGAAUUCUCCAUUGAUGGGGGAGAAUUUCAGUCAUUGA